CAUGCCGCGGGCGACGGCGGUGGAGGGCGGCGCCACCGGAAGCGCGGCGCGGGCUACUUCCGGCUGCGCGUGAGCCCCGAGCGGAGGCGAGACCGACGGAGCCUGCACCGCGACGCGACAAGAUGGCCGGGCUGCCCCGCAGGAUCAUCAAGGAAACCCAGCGCUUGCUGGCAGAGCCAGUUCCUGGGAUAAAAGCGGAGCCAGAUGAAAGCAACGCACGCUACUUUCACGUGGUCAUUGCAGGUCCACAGGAUUCCCCCUUUGAGGGUGGGACAUUUAAACUUGAACUAUUCCUUCCAGAAGAAUAUCCAAUGGCAGCUCCUAAAGUACGUUUCAUGACCAAAAUUUAUCAUCCUAAUGUAGACAAGCUGGGAAGAAUAUGUUUAGAUAUUUUGAAAGAUAAAUGGUCCCCAGCUUUGCAGAUUCGUACAGUUCUGCUAUCAAUCCAGGCUUUGUUAAGUGCUCCCAAUCCAGACGAUCCAUUAGCAAAUGAUGUAGCUGAGCAAUGGAAGACCAAUGAAGCCCAAGCCAUAGAAACAGCCAGAGCAUGGACUAGGCUAUAUGCCAUGAAUAAUAUUUAAAUGCGCUUUGAACAUCAAGUGUGCAUCACUUCUCCUGUUCUGCCAAGACCUCUUCCUUUUUUGUUUGCAUUUAAUGGACACAGUCUUAGAAACAUUACAGAAUAAAAGCCCAGACAUCUUCAGUCCUUUGGUGAUUAAAUGCACAUUAGCAAAUCUGUGUCUUGUCCUAAUUCACUAUUGUAACGCAUGAGCAGAGGCUAGAAGUAUCAUCUGGAUUGUUGUGAAAUUGUUUAAAAGCAGCAGCACAUCUCUGCUUUUAAUCAUUUUUCCCAUCAUGGUUUAAGUAUAAGCACUGUGAAUGAAGGUAGGCAGGGUUAGCUGUGGGGCUUUUUGUUUUAAUUUUGUGGGCUCCUCCUCCCUUUUUAUGGUGAUGCUAAUUGCAUUGGUUAAAGCAGCUAACCAGUUAUACUUUAGAAUAUACCCUCUAGCCCAGUCUAACUUAGACGCUUUAGAUGGACAAGCUUCAUUGUUUGAACAAAAAUGGGAACAUUAAACAUCCAUCACCUUCACUAAUAAUAUUGUGGUUCUGCUGUCAAGUGUAGAAAAAUCCCUCCAAGAGAAAGCUUGUGACCAUUUUGUAUGGCUUGUCUGGAAAAAUCUCCUGUAAAUCUUAUGUUUUAGUAAAAUAUUUUUUGUUAUUCUACUUUGCCUUUGUACAGUUUAUUUUGCUGUGUUUUCAUUUCUCUAAUGUGACAAUCGUAUUUAAAAAUGGAAACCAGAAUUGACAAUUUGUCUUCACCAGUCUGACCGAUUAAACAGUAAAGAGGUGGAAUUCACAAGACUUUUUUGCUUCUGUUUGCUGACUUUGUUGUUAGUUUGUUAUAUGGGUGACCUUAGCUGGCCGGUUUAAUAGGACAUUACACCAGAGAUUUGUUUCAGAAAAGUCACUCCAAAUGUAAUCAUAAUCUGAUUUUAGUAAUGCAUUGAUAUGCAUUUUCUUGGAAAUCAAGCAUCCAGUAGGAGGUAGAAAGCAAAUGACAGCACUAAUUGUGAGUAUCUGUGUAACUUAUCUUUGGCGAUUAUCAUCGGGUAUUAGGCUACACACACUUCUAAUUUCUUCAGCUCUUUCCCUCUGUUAACCUAUAAAAUACCAGUGUGUAGAACCACUGUUACAGCCAGCUUGUAAAUCAACUGAUGUUUGCUUAACCACUUACAGCUAGCACCUCAUACCACUGGUCUUAUCUACAAGCCUUAUUAAGCUACUUGCUGGAAUGACCAGUCUGCUUAAAUAGCAACAAAGCUUCUUUGUUGGAGGGAAGGGAAGUUUUUAAUCAAACUUCCUUCUCAUCCUCGUUUUUGUGUGUAUGCCUCUCUUCUGGGAGCCCAGCAUCUUUUUCUGGGAACCCAUCUUAUUGCCUCCCUUUAACUUCUCAUAUCCCUUAUUUUCUGGCCUUAGUGCACCCCUUCCCCCCCCCCCCCCCAAAAAAAAAAAAAAAAAAAAGAAAGAAAAGAGCUUUUAAGCUUUUGGUGUGGCCAACCUGAAGUGUACAGAGGACAGCUUGCAGUGGAAAGUGUCUUGUCAUGCAAUUCAGGGUUAUGGUUAUGCAGCCCAUGGGUACUCUCUUCCCUCUUUCACCUCUUACUCUAGUAUCAUCUGGAAAUUUCUAUAGAAUGUGGUGUAUUUAUUGUGGUCUUAUGUAAGAUGAAGAAUAUCUAUUAAAACUACAUUUUCAACAUACAGUGCUUUUCGGUGGUUAGUAACUGGUAUUGUCCCUCAAAGUACUGCAUUGUAACAUGGUUGCAUCUUGGCUCAGAAUUCAACUUUUUCCACAAGACUAAGCUGCAAAAAGUGUUUUAAGAGUAGUUUCUACGUUGAACAUAAAGCAAAGCUGCAUUCAGGGCUUGUAACAGAUCAUUUGUUGUUCAGAGUAGGUCAGCGCCAUUAACCCCAAUUUCUUGUUAUGAAUGAAUGUAUGUUUGGGUUUAGUUGCCGUAGAUCCCGUAUACACUACUAACACGGGCAACUUCUGUGGUAGGCAGCCGAGAAUACGCGAACUGUGCAGUAGGCCCUGGAUUCACUUCACCUACCUCUUAAAACUUCAAAUGGACACUACUUCAAGUGCACAGCUCUCCUCAGGCCUGCCUGUGGUCAGGGGAAGAGUGGCACCUCUAGAGGCUGACAAAUCUGCUUUGGGAUCCCCUCUGAAAGUGUCUCUCUUCCUGCUCCCCAAAUUAACUGUAGAUGAGAAGCAGGAUCUAAAUUGGCACUUAAUAGAAUUUAACUUCAAAUUAGGUGGGAUGAAUCCAGACCAAAGAUCAUUUAGCAGAUGGCUCUAUAUUUUGUAUGUUCAGGGCUAAAACUCAGCUAGAGUUCACACAAAACUACUCUAUCAGUAAGUUCUUGAUGGAAUGUUCUUAAUAUAUAAAUAGGAAAAAAAAAUUCAGUCCCCCAUUUGAUAGUGAUUGAAUGAAGUGGAUUACAGUACAGUUGGAGUAUGCAGUAGCCAGUAUGUGUGUUUUGGGUGUGUGUAUGUGUUUUUGCUUUCUUUUUUCCCCCGAGUAUCUCAGUGAGCUUGGAUCCUAGAGAGGUCCCUACUGGCUGAAUUUGAACAUGAGAGUCCAUAGUUCUGGUAUGUCUGAACAUUAUGGUGUAAAAGGACAGGUUAAAUACUGUGUUUCAAAACUUUUUAGAGAAAUACAACUCAAAUGAUGGUUCUAAUGACAGGAAUUUUAAGCGGGCUUCCUAAAACUAAAAUUGCUGCUUGUUGUGGGAUCUAUUCAGGCAUAUUUUACUCCUUUUAAAUUUGACUCUGUGUAUACAUGUGUGUAUAUAUAUAAAGAUAUGUAUUUAAUUUUUGAGCCUGAUUUCAGGGCCCUGUAAAAAGCAAACCUGGGAAUUCCAUGCUAUGUAUUGUAUUUGAGAAUCUGAAAUUCUUAGACCAAAUUUUCUGAAGCUGAUUAAGUACAACAUUUUUUCCCUGCCCUCUCAGUUAAGCAGGUGGAUAUUCACAGCCAUUAUCUGAAACUUGUUUACUUCUGUAACAUCUAGCAUUACAGCUGGCUAGCAAAUGCAGCUCUCUUCUAGUGAGCAUUAGUUUUAUCUGCAUUUUUAAUAGAUAUUCAUUGGAUAAAUCCACAGUAAAGGGGUUUCCUAUAACAUUACUGGUGCUAAGUGUCAAAUAUUCUGAAAUUCUGAAGAAGAGUGUUGACAUUGCAUUUUGUAUUUCAGUUUCUAGAUAAUAACUCUGUAGUUACGGAGCCUUGGUUAUCAAAUGGUCUCUAAAACCACACCUGCAAAACACUUUGUAGUAAUUUCCUUUAGAUCAAGAAUAAGGAUUCGUGAGGCUUUUAUUUUUGCAUAAAUAUUCUGAAGAAUAUCAGUGGUCAUCUUUAAGUGUUUAGCCAUGUUCUUUCAUGGGUGUGAAGUGUAUUGUCACUGGGAACUGAUGAAACAGUUUUUUUGCGUGUUAGCUGACUUUAGUCUAAUACAAGUGAAAUGUUACUUCUAUAGCUUUCAAGAAAGUGUAUUUCCAACGCAUCAAGAUUAUUGUAAAACAUCUUAAUGGACUAGUAACAUCAAAACUUGUGACAUCUCUCAAUUUAUGUACAUUCCUUCUUGGGAUUUUUUGAGGGUUACUUUCAAGUAAAAUGUCUGGUAGGUUUUGUCAAUAACAUGUCUUGACUGUAAUGUAAUAUGACACUGAAAUAAAAGGAAGAGUGAUUAUUCAUUACA